AUGGACGCCGUAUACGCACAAGUCGUGGAAUCAAUCUAUAGCCGCGCCAUCGUACACGACAAACCUAGAUUCCUUGUUGCAAUUGCAGGGGCCCCAGGGUCUGGAAAGACCACGUUGGCAAAUGCACUCACUGAGCGUCUAAAUGCAAUGCCGGCAAACAUCCGUCGUCACACCGUGUGUGUCCCAAUGGACGGCUUCCAUCUGUCACGCGCAGAGCUGGACCAGCUUCCGAAUCGAGAGGAGGCUUAUGUCCGGCGAGGAGCUCCAUGGACCUUCGACGUGGAUGGGUUCAUAAAGUUCGUCCAGAAGCUGCGCAAGUGGGCAGAGAAGGACACGAGCCCUUCUCACAAUCAGUCUACUCCACCUCCAUCUCCUUCCUCUUCGGACCUUUUACAUGCACCCUCAUUUGACCAUGAGAAGAAGGAUCCCGUCACCGACGGUAUUUCCAUCACUCCAGACACGUCCAUCCUUAUCCUGGAGGGUAACUACUUGCUGUUAGACGAGCCGCAGUGGCGGGACAUCGCAUCCAUGGUCGACUAUCGUGUGUUCGUGGAGGCAGAUCUCCAGGUAGCUAGGGGGCGUGUUGCAAAGCGACAUGUUCAGGCGGGAAUCGAACCCACUCUUGAGGAUGGCUUUAGAAGGGUGGAUCAAAACGACUUCCUCAAUGGGCAGACUAUUUCUGAGAAGCGUCUUCCCGCAGACCUGGUCAUUAACGGGACACCUGACCAACAAAGUAGGGAGCAGUGA